GGGAAAGCAAUAUAGGAAAGACAACUGAUAAGACAGCUCGCAUGUUGUCUCGUAAGGCUUGGGGAAACACAGCUACCAACACUUGCCGGAGGUGAUGGGUGCAUGUGGCUUCUCCCGCCAUCCAUCUCCGGACGUACGAAUAACGAACAAGGGAAGGGUGAUGCGACCUGCGUCGAGCUACGCUUGAGUUUACGAAUACCUUGCCCGGUCGCUACUUCGGGGCUGGCCACUGCAGCCAAGUUGGCUCAGCUCGAGGUGAUGGCGCAGAACUGGCGUCCCCGACCAACAUUGGGGGUUACGGCUGUGCGUGAUUGGCGAUGGCUGCAUGUGGCGGCCGGGAUAUGCCUCGAGAGAAACCCGGGAGCCUUGUCGGUCCAUUCUGACAGGAGGGCCCGGCCAUAUGCUGCUGCCUUUGAUCGCACUCGCAGUCAAGAAGGGCUCUGUUUGAUGAGGUGGGAUGAGGUGCUCCGUCAUCAUCCAGACGCAGCUGGGGUUGCAUUCCCCUUCUCUUCGGGAGGAUUCAAAGACUUUUUCAGGGUGACACCGCCUCGUGGGGCCGAAGAGGAUGAGAGUGAGAUGAGAGAUGGGACGUCAGUUGUGGUAGCUCCAACGCACACUGGAGGGUUGAUGAUGAGGUGAGAUGGCGGAAAUUGAGAUGUGGGUGGAGGAGA